UCAGCCCAGAGACUGCCACGAAUCGAGCGGCCACGAAAGCCAGUUGCGAUAUCGCAUGGACUUGUGGAGCGAAAUUGAAAAGAACAUGAAGUGGAUCGCCUUGGCUGCCGUAGUGCUGUUCGCCAUCUUUAGCGUCGUGUCCUCGUGGGGCGGAGGCGGCGGCGUGUCUGCCAGCGCCAGCCACAUCUUGGUGAGCACCGAAGACGAGGUCGACGACCUCUUGGCGCAGCUGCUCAAGACCGACGACGGGUCGGACGCGCAGCUCAAGCUCUUUGCCGACUUGGCCAAGGCGCACAGCAAGUGCCCCAGUGGUUCUCGCGGCGGCGGGGCGUUGGGCAGCUUCGGACGUGGCCAAAUGGUGCCCGAGUUCGACAAGGUCGUGUUCGAGGAAGCCGUGGGCAAGAUCCACAAGGUCAAGACGCAGUUCGGAUGGCACUUGGUGCUCACGACCAAGCGCACAGACCCGACCGCCGACAAGACUACUGCCGACGACCCUGCCGAGGCCGACGACAAGAAGGAGUUGUAAUGAACCAAUGUAUUAGUCUUUUACUAGUGGCAGCAUCCACACGUGCGCAGGGUACAGCUCCGUGAUGAGUACCUUGGCGAACUCGUCUAGAUCUCGGAGACAUCGCUU